AUGGAAGAUUGGGAAGAGGAACGUGAAAUUGUAAAGGCCGCUAUUAGUCAGCUAAAGGAUCAAGUCGGUCAAAUUUUAGAAGCGUUGAAAGCCAUGAAAACCGCAGCAGAGACUUCGUAUGCAAAGGCUGAUGAUAAUGCUCACACUCCAGUACAUGACGCUGUGGGCACACAAUUCACAUUUCCAAUGUAUGGUUUACCACUAGGUUACACACCGCCAAUUGGAGAUUAUUCAGAGCCAGAGCAUACUUCUUUGGCUUUUCCUGUAACUAGCAAUGUACUUCCCGUUAGUACCCAGGGGCCUAUCCACACAACUGAGGCAAAGAUGAAUGAAACGUCCAAGCUUCCCCACACAAUUGUCGCACAGUAUGUUGCUUUGCAGGCGAACGUAGAAGGAGCGAAGGAUAAACUUGAAGUUCUAGAAGGUAGACUGAGAGCCAUAGAAGGGUUUCAAAGUUACGGGUUUGGUGACGUGGCAAGGUUGAGUUUGGCUCCAGGAGUGACCAUUCCACACAAGUUUAAGGUGCUAGAAUUUGAGAAAUACAAGGGAAACACAUGCCCUAAGAAUCAUUUGACUAUGUAUUGUCGAAAAAUGGCUGCCUACGCAUACGACGAUAAACUACUUAGUCAUUUCUUUCAAGAUAGUUUGGCUGAAGUAGCAUUGAGUUGGUAUACGCAUCUUGAAUCCUCUCAUAUCUAUUCUUGGACAGAUUUGACGGACGCCUUUGUAAGACAGUACAAAUACAACAUGCAUGUCGCGCCAGAUAGGUUACAAUUGCACCAUAUGGCAAAGAAAGAUGAGGAGUCUUUUAAAGAAUACGCACAACGAUGGAGAGAGCUGGCAGCGCAGGUUGAACCACCUCUAUAUGACAAGGAGAUGGUUGCAAUGUUUGUAAGCACACUACAACCACCUUUUUAUGUGCAUAUGAUUGGCAACGUGUCUUCCAAUUUCGCUAAUAUCAUCAUCAUAGGCGAAAGAAUCGAAAUCGGACUGAAAAGUGGGAAAAUUAUAUCUCAAGCCACCACUCCGAAGAAAUCUAUUUUUAAUCCAGGGAAAGAGAAAGAAGGGGGAGUGCAUACAACAUCAGUGAUACCCAUGUGGGGAGGUCAUGCGCCCACACAUAGCUAUGAACCAAGCUCGAGUUAUCCUCUUUAUGUGAACAAUACAGUGUCUGGUCCCCAAAUGAGACCUCGACAACCAGGAUAUUAUCAACCACAACAGGCUAAUGCUAGGGGCACUGGAGCCGGUUUAGGUCCAGAUCAGAAUGUUGGUCAAAGUGCUAAUGCCAGGAGGAACCAAUUGAAAAUUUUCACUCUCAUUCCUAUGACGUAUACAGGUUUGUUACCUCAUCUCCUUAAGAAGAGUUUGACUGCUAUUCGUCCAAUAAAACCCUUACAGCCUCCAUACCCUAAAAAUUUUGAUGCAAGUGCGAGAUGCGAUUUUCACGGGGGAGCCAUUGGCCAUUCGACCGAAGGAUGCGCCUCUCUUAAAUUCACAGUACAAUCUCUAAUUGAUGCAGGAUGGCUGAAGUUCCAAGAAGACAAACCUAGUGUUGAAGUCAAUCCCCUUGUCGAGCACGAAAAUACCUCAACAAAUGCCAUCAAGGUUGGACGACACAGGCUAGUGCAGGAUGUUAGUAAAAUUUGUAGUUCUAAAAAGGUCAUUUUUGAAACGCUGAUAAGAUUGGGUUUGUUAAGGGGUGGAGAUGGCCUCGGCGAGGCAUGUGGAAUCUGUUCAGGAGCCGAACAUAUCAUUAAUGAGUGCACCAGGUUUAGAAGCAUUCUCCAAGAUCUGAUCGACAGAAAUUUCCUACAAAUAUACCACCAGGAUAAGGAAGAAGAUGUAUUUACAAACCCAAGAGCUGAAAGAUAA